AUGAAUGAUCAAGCAGAAGAGCAGAAAAUUCUAAAAGCAAUGAAGCUCGACGCAAGCCAUUAUAAUAGAGAGCACUAUAUUGCACAGUGGCACAUGUAUAUUUAUCAGUCACAGUUAUUACUUGCGCAACGGAAGCAAAAACGUAAAGCUGAAACUCAUAAAACAGUACCAUGUCAAGCCUGGAAAGAUACUGGUCGUUGCAAUUAUGGCAAACGAUGCAAAUUUGCACAUGGAAUAGAAGAAUUGCGACCAGUACCAAAGACAGAAGUGAAGAUCUUUAAUAAUCCUCGAUAUCGAACAGCGCUUUGUAUCAAAUAUACUACCUUUGGUUACUGUCCUUAUGGUGAUCAGUGCCAUUUCAUUCAUGACCCUAUAAAGAUCGACUUGGAAAAAUGUUUAGAUCGGUUAUCGCCAUCUUCAUUACAACCUUCAACAAAUACAAAAGUUGACUUACUUCUAGAUGGUCCAUCUCAUCUUGGAGUGGAACCAGAAUCACAACAUCUGACAGAAUGGCGAAAGAAGAACAAAUUAGAACUAAUCACAGAAUCAGAUCUGAAUCUAGAUUCAGAGGGUUUGAAACCAGAAUCUGCGCCAGUAAGUCAACCUUUGAAUUUCAAAGAAAGCGAUAACAAGGGGAUAGCAACAAGUUGUGACCCAUUUAGAACCGACGAUCUUUGCAAGAAUGAAAUUGAACUUAAACCUUUUAAAUUCAAUGUGUUCGAUGACUUCAUUUAUGUAAUUAACCCUCAAUUCGCUUCAAAAAACCAAUAA